AUGAUUACAGAACAGACCUGGAGCAUGAUGCUGGACAGUGAUGUCACGGGCAUCAAUGAGUUGAGUAUUUCCCCGAGGAAACAAUUAUGGAUCAAGGCAGUGAAGAAGCUGACUUCCGAGAGGCUGGGAAGGGAAGGAUUGGCGGCAUGGGAGGACCGGAAGUCUCACAACGAUCCGGAAGUUCCAGACGAUACAGAAACGAUCGAGCCAACCGAGGAUGCUGAAGAUUCAACCGAACCGGACGUGGUUAUUCCUGAACAACCUGAAGUUGAUGCUGAAUCUCAAACUCAACGAGAUGUUUUCAAGAAAGGAGUACUCUAUAAGGGAAUAUUUUGUCCGUCGUUGUCGAACAGCUUCCACAGCAAACAAUUGGAAACAUCGUACUUGCACUAUUCGAAUCGUCAACGGCAGAAGUCAUUGAUCAUGCUAAAUAUCGUUGAUCUUAGCUUAAAGAUUAUUCUUUUGGCGAUAUGGCUGUGGGAGAGGAACGAGAACAGCAGCGGAUUAAUCGAGUCCUUGUCUUGGGCAUUCUGCUGCAUGGCUGCAAAUCUGAUGGUUUGCGUUCUCGGCUGGUGGCGGUGUUUCUCCAACAAUUAUUUGUACUGGGCUUCCAUAUUUACUUGGUUACUGAUCAACUCACAAGGUUUUAUAGGGGCCGGUCUAGAUUUCUCAAAUCAACAACGUCUCAUGUGGUACAUAUUGUUUGUCGUGUAUGCGCCGUACGCUAUGCUGCCGUUACCUUUAAGAUGGUGCGUCCUAGCUGGUUACGGGACAGCUUUAACUCACAUGGUGAUGGCUGGGAUAACUUUAUUACGAGAUCCUACCUAUCUGCGCGAUGUUACGUGCAUCGUUCGAAUGUUAACGACCAACGUACUUCUUUAUCUUGCAAUGAAUCUGGCUGGUAUGUACACUAAAUAUCUAACCGAUAGAGGACAACGGCAGGCUUUCCUAGAAACGCACAGAUCUAUGGAAACCCGGCAACGUACUCAAAAUGAGAAUAAUAGACAGGAGAAGUUGCUUCUUUCUGUUUUACCGGAUUUCGUGGCUAAGGAAAUGAUCCGUGAUAUCGCCCGUGAAACUGCUAGAGGUGGAACAAUCUCCUUUACCCCUAAUCAAUUUCACAGAAUAUACAUCCAUCGGUAUGAAAAUGUUAGCAUACUUUUCGCAGACAUCAAAGGCUUCACUGCUUUGGCCAGCCAAUGUAGCGCCCAGGAACUCGUUAGGGUGUUAAACGAUUUGUUCGCUCGUUUCGACAAACUCUCUGCUGAAAAUCAUUGUCUACGUAUCAAAUUAUUAGGCGAUUGUUACUACUGCGUUUCCGGAUUACCGACCGCCAGAAGCGAUCACGCUCACUGUUGCGUCGAAAUGGGUUUGCACAUGAUUAAAGCAAUCAGAGAUGUGCGAUUUACUACCAAGGUUGAUUUGAAUAUGAGAAUAGGGAUUCAUAGCGGUUCGGUAUUGUGUGGUGUAUUAGGACUUCGAAAAUGGCAAUUUGACGUUUGGUCCUACGACGUAACAUUGGCCAACCACCUCGAAAGUGGAGGCAUACCAGGGAGGGUGCAUAUUUCAGAAGAUACGUUGAACUGUUUGAACGAUGUGUACGAAGUGGAGCCAGGAAACGGAACUGAAAGGGAUAAUUACUUGAAAGAAAGGAACGUGGUGACGUAUCUGAUUAAACAAGUAGAACCUUUAAGAUCUAGACGAAGAUAUUCUGCUCGUCCUAAGAUAUGGUCCGAGGAUGAUGCGAACAAAGGUAAAAAGAGCUUCAAAAUGAACAACCCGUUAGCUGCGAACAGCAGUGCUCCAAAUUGUUCGACGGAAGACGACAUUGGCGUCGACUGGACACCGGAAAUACCGUUCGAAAAUUUGAAUACCGCAACAUCGGUCAGUAAUUUAGAAUCAGAGUACCUGGAGGAAGAGAACGGUUCAGCAAAGAGUAAUAAAGCAAAUGCUGAGAAAGCUGCUGGCCUUGAAACAGCGAGCAAUAAACGUAUGAGAUUGGCGAACAUAAACGCUUGGACUUUGCGUUAUAAUGAUGAAAGCUUAGAAUUAAAGUUUGGCCAAUUACGCGAGGAUAUGUUUAAAUCCAACAUGAUUUGUUGUUUCGUCGUAUGGAUAUUUAUUGCAAUCUGCCAAGCUGUAAUAUUACCAGAUUGUGUCAUUCUGUUGGUCUCUCUGUUGCUGACCACGUUGAUUCUGAUAACAUCGUCCAUCCUGGUGAUGGCGGAGGAGUUCAAAAGCCUGCCAGCGUACUUACAGCACGCCUCCUCGAUGCUGGUGCACAACAAGCAACAUCGAACAAUCUUCAUAUGUAGCGUCAUCAGUUUAAUGGCAUUCACCUCCAUUGUCGGCGUUCUAGCUUGUCCAGCGUCAAUUCGAAGAUACCCGGAAGCUCUGGCCAUCAAACAACAGCUAAAUGCUCCAACCUUGCAGCCCGAACGAUUGGCAGCGACAACGGUUGGUCUCGACCAAUUUAUUUUAACGUUCUUGGAGGCGGCUCUUCGCGACGAAUCUCUCGAGGAACGAGAGAAGAUCUCUGCGAAGGAGAACGAAACUGUGCCCCAUACUUCUAACAGAGUCCAAAUGGAAAUGACGAGGAUUAUCAAUGACAGGGCUGGUCUGGCGAAAGGUCAAAGAAGAAAAGAAUUCUUCAGGUUUUAUAGAUACGAACACCGCCGCGCACUCGACCCUGGAAGACAUUAUAAAAUAUUUCCUUGUUAUCGUAGGGGUGAAGACGUCGCCUUUAGGAGGAUAGAGUCCACCCCGGACGCGAGACCACGAGCAGAGCCCGUCUACGCGAUGGACUACGAUGAACUCGUGUUGGAGACAACUUGUGUGCAACCAGAGUACAUAGUAUUCACGUGGAUUCUAUGUCUGAUCGCGUUAGCCUCAGCUUUGAAGUUGUACUAUUUAGUGAAAACUGCACUUGCCACCAUUAUCGUGUCCGUUUAUGCGGUCUUGAUCCUGUUAGUCUGCAAAGACUUUUUCUCUAUACCUGAUGAUGAAAAGGAUUCCCCAUCGAUACCUCUUUCGGCACAAAUGUUGACAUUUCUGUUGGUGUUUCUGGUGAUGGUCACGUAUCAUGGUAGACUGGUUGAAGUAACGUCCAGAUUGGAUUUUCUAUGGAAGCAACAAGCUGAAAGGGAGCUGAGCGAUAUGAUCGAAUCUCGGCAUAAUAAUAUGCAACUUUUGAAAAAUAUCUUACCCGAUCAUGUGGCUCACCAUUUUUUAACACAGGAGCGAGCGCCGGAGGAACUAUAUUCCCAAUCGCGUGAUAAAGUUGGCGUAAUGUUUGCCAGUGUACCAAAUUUCACUGAAUUUUAUUCAGAGGACGUUAACAAAGGAAUGGAGUGUAUACGUUUAUUAAAUGAAAUUAUUGCUGAUUUCGACGAACUCCUUGAUGAAAAUCGUUUUCACUGCAUCGAGAAGAUAAAAACUGUCGGUGCGACUUAUAUGGCAGCUUCUGGACUCAAUCCGUGUCAAAAUGAUACAAACAAAGACGAUAUGGAACAUCUUUGUAGAUUGGUCGAUUAUGCUGUGGCCAUGAGACUCCGUCUCGAGGAUGUGAACAUACAUUCGUUUAAUAAUUUUGAUUUAAGAGUAGGUAUUAGUUGUGGCCCAUUGGUUGGCGGUGUAAUCGGUGCCCGGAAGCCCGUUUUCGAUAUUUGGGGUAACACGGUGAACCUGGCUUCUCGCAUGGACUCCACAGGCGUUAUGGGAAAAAUACAAGUUCCACAAGACAUUGCUAGGUUCUUGGAGGCGAGAGGAUAUCAGACACAGAAGAGAGGGCUUAUCGAAGUGAAAGGAAAAGGUAACAUGGAAACUUAUUUCGUACUUGGCAAAGGAUCUAUGCAACAAGAAGGCACGAUUAAACACACCACAAGAUGUAGAAGCCUUGCAGCAGUCGUGUAUGGUGUCGUUCAAGCGCGUCGCAAACAAAUGCGAGCGCUUAGAAGGACAUAAGUACUCGUAUUUUAUUCAGAUCAGUUUUUUUUCUUCGCCAAUUUUUCACAGGAUAUAAGCGGAUCACCUGAAAAGUAUUAAUUACGUUUCAAUUAAUUCGAGCUCAUUUCUGUUUGUUUUUGUUGAUUUAAUUUUCUUACUUUUAUACUUGUUACGUCAUGUUGUUUUUAUUUAUUUUCUCGAAUUUUCUCGAUAGUCUCAAUUCAAUAUACUCGAUAUCUAAUCCCUGUAAAUAUUAGUUUUAUAUAUGAAACAACUAUCAAUAUAAAUUUGACGAGCUGUAAAUCUAAAACAAUGUACAAUAAGAUAACAAAAGGAUUCAAUUAAAUCCUAGAUGAAUAAAUAAACUAUCAGAAAAAAGAAGGUAGUAAUUUGAGGGAAUCAAUGAAAAUGUAUAAUCUUUGUUGCACAAAUAAGAUUGUUUCAACUUUCUAGUUCUGUAUAUCGUUAUAGGAAUAAAUUAUGGAGCAGCGAAAUACAAUUUUGGGAAAAGUCAAUUUAAUAAUAAUUGCAGGGCAAUCAGCGUUCAUGUUGAUAAUAAUCAUAAUGUACAGCACAGUUGAGCUCUGUGUAACUGUAUAUUACAUUGUAUGGUAAACACAAAUAUAUUUUAAUUAACCGUAAUAAUAAUCCAUGAUAAUAAUAGUUGCAAUAAUGAUAAUAAUAAGGCUAGCUACAGCAUGAUCUCUCGGUUAAAGAGAUCAUCCGAUUCAACUGUACACUUUUACAACGUACCUCGUAAUAAUAAUCUAAUUACAUAUAAUAUAAUUAGGUAAUCAUUACAAUCUGAACCUAAUUAGAAUGUUGCGACACGUAAGGAGGGACCGCGAGCCUUGUUCUUUCGAGAAAUUAAUAUGGCGGUAGAAAAAUGAAAGAAAAAUCGCAUCUGUUUUCAAACAGAAAUGCUAUAUCAUUCUACAUUAUACAAGUACUACAAUAAUGCACAUUGAUUUCUCGAAAGUGAAGGUAAUCUCUUUUAAAAGAUCUUUUUCUUUGUUUUAUUACAUUCUUUUUUCCUUUCUUCUCUUUUUUAAGGUAUAAAGGCACUGUACACGUAAACAUACAAUAUUAUAGAAAAGCGCUAUAGGCGGUCCAGAUGUUAUACCUUUUAAAUAGUAAAACGUGCCCGUUUAAAAAUAUCAACGUGAUCCUCUUUUCUUUCCUUUUCUUUCUUUUUUUCUUAUUAUUAUUACGAUGCUACACGCUUAAAAUAGGGAGCGGUUUCCUUCGAUUCUAGCUGCAUUGGUCAACGCUAUAUCUUCUUCUUCGACGCUAUAUAAUCUUAACCUUUAAGGAAAAAUAUAGAUGACUAUCAUAUAUAUAUAUAUAUAUUAUAUAUCAGAAUGUGCAGAACUCACGGUAACUAUUUAGGAGGAAAUAAUUGGUCAAUGCGAUCAGAAGUUAAGAAAACGCUCCGGUUAAAGGUGGGAUCUGUUUAUCACAAUUUGGCAGUGAACGUUCUCACGUUUAAAAUACACACAGUUUUACAAGUUUUAAGCUACACGAAUCUUCUUCUUCUUUUUCCUCUUCCACUUAUGUUUCUUUUCUUUGCUACAACUUGCUACGGUUCACGAUACAUUUACAGACAAAUUCGAAAAUAUGAUCUUUCUUCUUCGCUACAGUCAGUUGUUCAGAAAAAAUAAAUCUUUGUCUUCUUCUUUUUUUUCUUUUCUUUUUUUUUAAAUAUCUGUCAGCUUCGUACACUUGGUAAAUAUACAACUUAAACUCUUCGUACAUAAUUUUUAGUGAAAAUAUGUUCUUACGUGUGCUUUUUCUUUUUUUCUUCUUCUAAUUAUUAUUUGCGAAGCUCAAGAGGUGUUUUAAGAAGAAGGAUCUAGGGGUACUCAAUCUCUUCUGUGAUAAUUCUCUAGUGUUCCUGUGCAAUGCUAAAUCGUAUAACUUUUUCAAAUUAAUCAGUUGCUCUCCGUAUGAAAAUACAAAGAUCUGUAUGUGCAAGAUAAACGCUUGAGUGAUUGUUUACAGGAUUCAUAUAUUACACAAUUCUUUGCUCCUGUUAUUUCUACUCUUGCUUUAAGAAAGAAAUCAAAUAUCAACAGUUACUUACAUUUCUUUAAACGAUAAGUUAAUACAUCAAUCGGAUUGAGUUCCCUCUAGUCAAGUUCUCUCUGGUAUUCCUUUAAUUAAACUAACAUUCGCAAUUCGUCAUUAAUUACAGAGAUAAUUAUACGCAAUUUAAACAUUGAUUUAAUGAAAAAAAAAAAAAAAAA